AUGACAACUCAUACUCUAACAGCCAAGAACAGUUCCUCAGUUAUUCCAGUGAAAACAGAUCAAGAAAACAUGAUAAAAGCUGAUUCUUUAUCAAAUUAUCCUUCUGACAAGCAAAAAAUACCCAAUAAUAUUGAUACUAAGAUAAUAUCCACAUCAACUUUACUUGAAAAGGAACCAAUUAUCAGUCAUAAUAAUAAAACCAAUACUAAUUUGACAAAUUAUAAUUCUUCAUCUUUACAAGAUAAAAAAUGCACAAUGAAACAGGAUACACUAAUCACUUCUCAACCAAUCAAAAUACAGUUACGUGAAGAAUCUAAAGAGUGUAGAAUCAAGCAACAAUUGGAUCUUAUGAAUGCAUCAACAGGUGAACAGAAUUACAACAAAUCUCAUUUCUUACAAAAUUCUCGACCACAUAUAUGCAUGUCACCAAGAUGUCCACCAGAUGGUGCAGCAGUUCAUGAAAUCUCUCCAUCCAAUCUCAGUAAAUCAAAUAAAUCAGUUAUUUAUGAAAAUUUGAUUGAUAGAUAUUUAUUAAUGGAACAUGAUAAUCAUUUACCAAAAGAAAUCUCUUCACAAUCAUUAGCUACUACAAGUACUGUUAACAGCGUUACAACAACACCAACUUUUAUUGAUAAUUCCUCCAUUACAAAAAAUCACAUGAACAACAAUGUCAAAGACAUUAUGACACACAGAGUUUCAACUCAAAGUACUCAAACAAAUUCCGACAUAAUGACAGUUACGUCAGCUAGUCUUGUACACGAUUCACUUUCCGCCUGUGAUAGCAAUAAUAAAAGUCAUUUAACCUCAGAUACGAUUAAUUCUUAUGUGUCCCCAUCCAAGAAAACUGUAAAUAUCCCUACCCAACCUCAUUCAUCAGUCAAUACAAAUACUUGGUUCCCACCUCCUCCUCCAACACCACUUCAAGAUUCAAUAAUGAAUUCUAAAAAUGUUGAUUUGAAAGCACCGCAUUAUCAUGAACAUUGUCGUCCAGAUGAAGUUCGUUCAUUAGUUAUAGACAAACUUUCUGAUAAAUCCUCUAAUAUCAUUACUAAUUUAAAUGUAUCUUCAACUUCUGAAUUCAAUUGUUCAACAAAAAUUAGUACAUCUGUUUCUUCAACAACAAAUUUAAAAUUAUCCACAUCACCAACACCACCUUUACCUCCACCGUCUUCCCCACCCUGUCCACCAUCAGUUCCACCAAGACAUCCAGCUACUUCAUUACAAUAUAAAAUCGAACUGACUGAUUUACCGAAGUAA